AUGAUUUAUUACCACUGUCAUAUAUUCAUUUUGUGUGUAUUUUUAUAUUUUCUAGUUGCCAGAUUAUCAAGUAAUCCAUGUGCCAAUGUUAAAACGUGUGGUGAAUGUAUACAAACAGCCAGUGUUUGUGCCUGGUGCCCUGAUGAGACUUUCCCAAAGCAUGAGUCACGAUGUGAGCCGUAUGAUCAUUUUGUAGCCACUGGUUCCUGUCCUACAGAUAAAAUAGUCUAUCCACAGUAUAAGUUAGAUCUUCUUCAGAAUGAAGGAGUACAAGGUGGAGAUAAAGGACAAGAUCCUAUACAAGUCCAACCCCAGAAAAUCAAACUUAAUGUCCGUCCAAAUCAAGAAGUAAAAUUAAAAUUAAAAUUUCGUCAAGCUGAAAAUUAUCCUGUAGAUUUAUAUUUCUUAUUGGAUAUGUCAUAUUCUAUGAUCCGAGAAAAAGAUGCUCAAACUCGGCUGGUUAGUUUAGCCGAUGAAAUGGGUGCCAGUAUGUCAAAAAUCACAAAAAACUUCCGACUUGGUUUUGGUAAUUUUGUCGAUAAAGCUGCUAUGCCUUUUAUACCAUGGACAGAUGAGAUGUUACAAAACCGUUGCCAAGUAAAAAGUGGUUGUAGAUAUCCAUUUGACUUUCAAAAUCAACAAAAACUUACAGAAAAUCAGGAAAUAUUCAAGAACAACAUGAAGAAAGCUUUAGAAGUUAUGUCACAGAGUUUAGAUGAUCCUGAAGGUGGAAUGGAUGGAAUCAUGCAAGUCUUGUCUUGUGAGGAUGCUAUUGGUUGGAGAGAUCGUUCCAGACGAAUUUUGGUCUACAGUUCGAAUUCUUUGUUCCAUUUAGCUGGCGAUGGAAUCCUUGGUGGAGCUGUAAUGGCGAAUGAUGGUAUGUGCCAUUUAAAUGGCAGUGGUAUUUUAGUUGGAUGGGACACCAAAAUGGAUUAUCCAUCCGUGAGUCAAAUAGCCUCUAAAGUUCGAGAUACAAGUACUAAUGUUAUUUUUGCUGUAAUGGAAAACGUGUAUGAUCUACACAGACAGCUAGCUAGAAGAUUAGAGGGUGCUUCUAUCGGAAAGCUGUUGGAAGGUUCCGCUAACAUUAUUGGUCUGGUGCAGAAAUCUUAUGACAAACUUCGUUCUAGAAUAGAAUUCAUACCAAAGAAUGCUGAAAAUAUUACCAUAGACUUUAAAUCAAAAUGUAAAGGAGCUGUUCUAUCAACAACCAACAAAUGUGAAGGCCUGGAGAUCGGAGAUGAGGUCGAGUUCGAUGUGUCUUUGAAAGUCAAUCAUUGUGGUGGUAAACGACAACGUUCUGUUAACAUUGGCGCGGUCGGUUUGUCUGAACAACUGACUGUAGAUCUUAAUCUGAUUUGUGAGUGCGAUUGUGAAAAGCCGGGACAAGAGGAAAAGAACAGUCCGAAAUGUUUCAGUGGUAACGGAACAUUUGAAUGUGGACAAUGUACGUGUAAUAAAGGUCGUUAUGGAAGACAGUGUGAAUGUGACGAAACUGAACUAUCCAGUACACAAUCUCUCAAAAACUGUAAAUCCAAUGUCAAUUCAUCUAUAGUUUGUUCUAACCAUGGUGAAUGUGUUUGUGGAGAAUGUGAAUGUUAUCCUAUUAGAGUGAACAGUGCCAGGACGUAUUCUGGACGAUUCUGUGAAUGUAAUGAUUAUAAUUGUUAUUAUUAUGAUGGACAGAUGUGCGGAGGUACAAAUCGUGGUGUAUGUAAAUGUGGUAAAUGCCAAUGUCUACCGGGUUAUACAGGAGAUGAUUGUGGUUGUUCCUCCAGAAAUGACACAUGUAUAGCAUCUAAUGGGGAAAUCUGUAAUGGUAAGGGAACAUGUGAUUGUGGUCGAUGUACAUGUUUUAAAGAAGGAAAUUAUCGAGGUCCAACUUGUGAAGAUUGCCCGGAAUGUCCAACCAAAUGUACAGUACAUAGAGGCUGUGCUAUGUGUAAAGCAUUUAAAGAUGGCGCGUAUAACAGUACAUAUUGUGCAGAUGCUUGUAAAGAUGUACGAGUUGUACAGAAUCUAGCAGGAAAAGAUCCAUCGAUCACUCACUGUACCUUCAGACAGGCAGAUACUGAGUGUAUCAGAAAAUAUACAUAUGAAUACGAUGAUAUCAAUGUUAUUAUCAAAGUUCAACAAAAUGAGGAAUGUCCAGAAGAGUUUCCAGUGUUACCAGUGGCGUUAGGAAUUGUUGGUGCCAUAUUAUUAGCAGGAAUUAUAGCCAUCCUGAUAUUUUUGUGUUGGAAACGCCGGCAAGAAGCCAAAGAAUUUGCUCAAUUUAAGAAGGAUCAAGAACGAGCAAGAUGGCAGUCAGAUGAAAACCCUAUUUAUCGCGAUCCUACAACGACAACCAAAAACCCAACUUACAGUGGUGGUAAAAAAAAUGAAUAG